CGCUCGCUGUGGUGCGCGCGGCGGCGGCAGAGGCGGCGGCGGCGGUGGCGGCGGUGGCGGCGCGUGGCAGGUCUGGCGGGCGCGCGGCGGUGGCGGCCCGAGCCCGGCCCAGCCUCGUCCCGCCCGGGAUCCGACCGGCCCGACCCGGCCCCUGUCCGGUGCGCCGCGGUCCCGCCCGCCCGUCCGGCCCCUCCCGAGGGAGCGGUGCCGCCGGCCGAGAGCACAGGCCCGGCCAUGACCGACUUCAAAUUGGGCAUCGUGCGGCUCGGCCGGGUGGCCGGAAAGACCAAGUACACACUGAUAGACGAGCAGGACAUCCCACUGGUGGAGGGCUACUCCUUUGAGGCCCGAAUGGAAGUUGACGCUGAUGGAAAUGGUGCUAAGAUAUUUGCAUAUGCCUUUGACAAAAACCGGGGAAGGGGUUCUGGAAGGCUUCUGCAUGAGCUGCUCUGGGAGCGGCACCGGGGUGGCAUCGCACCUGGAUUCCAAGUGGUGCAUCUUAAUGCUGUGACUGUGGACAAUCGCCUGGACAACCUACAGCUGGUGCCUUGGGGCUGGCGACCCAAAGCUGAAGAGACUUCUAGCAAACAAAGGGAGCAAAGCUUAUAUUGGCUUGCGAUUCAGCAGCUCCCCACAGACCCCAUAGAAGAACAGUUUCCUGUCCUGAAUGUUACACGCUACUACAACGCCAAUGGGGAUGUGGUGGUGGAGGAGGAGAAUUCCUGCACCUAUUAUGAGUGUCACUACCCACCUUGCACCCUGAUUGAGAAGCAGCUCCGGGAGUUCAACAUCUGUGGGCGCUGCCAGGUAGCCCGGUACUGUGGCUCCCAGUGCCAGCAGAAGGACUGGCCUGCCCACAAGAGACACUGUCGGGAGAGGAAGCGUCCUUUCCUGCAAGAACUUGAGCCUGAACGAUGACUGGGCCACAGCCCCCAAGUUGCUGGAGCUUCUGGGCUCUUCCUCAAGAACAGCAGAGAAAGACUGAUUUGUUGAGCCUGGAGGUGCUGAAGAAGUCUGUGACGUACCCUAAGCAGCCACCAGGGGACUCCCUGGUCAUUGGCAUUUUGUAGGGGACAGUGUGCCCCUCCAGUGUUAAUCUCAAGCAGAGAUAGUGGGGAGACUCCCACCAGGACGUUUCUCAUUAUUUAUAUGUUAAUAUGUUUGUAAACUCAUGUACAGUUUUUUUUUGGGGGGGAGGCAGUGGGUGGACUAGAGGUUACAAAUAGAAGCAUUUGCUGUAACCCUCGGAGGGCAGUUGGCCACACAUCUAAGAAAACAUUGCAAAAUCAUCUGGGCCUACACAAGCCCAAGAGUGUUCCUCAAGGGAAUUUAAUUCACACGGGCAAAGUAAAAGGAUGGAACCAUC